AUUCACAACUUACUGUACUUAAACUUUGUCCUCAUACGUAGCUAGCCCACAUACAUACGUUACCGGAGACAAAAAUAGCAAACAUAAACAAGCAGGUAACUUUGAUGACGCGAAUUUUGUUAUCUGUUCUAUUUUUGCUAGGUUGUCGUCCAACAUGGCGCCGAUGCUUGACGAGGUGGUUUUCAGGUGCUCAUAAAAAAGACGCAUAAGUAGCACAUUACUUAGAACUAAACCAAAACCAAAAUGAAGACACACGAUCAGCUACAGCAUUACCUCGGUGAUUUCGGAACGUUCCAGAAAUUCAUAACUUUACUUGUUGUCCUCUUGUCACCACUAUGGGGGGUAACUGGCAUUUCCAUGACGUUUCUGAUGGCGACGCCCGAGCACCACUGCCGGGUGCACGAACCUGGAUCCUCGGGGGAACACGGCCUCUCGCCCGAGAGCCUCAACCACAGCAUCCCCUUGGAAAACCUUGACGGAAGAUCAGUUUAUAGCUCUUGUUUGAUGUACGUACAAACGAAUGAGACAAAGACUGGAGAAAAUCGUAGUACAACACCAUGCAUCCAUGGAUAUGAGUACGACCGGACUUAUUAUCAUCGCACCAUUGCCACAGAGCACGACUUAGUGUGUGAACGAACCUGGUUGAAUGAAAUGGGCAAGUCCGUCUUUUUCGUGGGCUUGAGUCUUGGAGGAAUCGUUUCAGGAAUAGCUACCGACAGAUUCGGACGACACCCAACACUUAUAGUAUGCCUAUUCCUACAUCUAGUGUUGGGAAUAGGAACAUCUUUCGCAUCAAAUUUCGCCACCUUCGUCAUUCUUCGUGCAAUGGUUGGAGCGGCCGGGGUCGGAUACUACUUCUGUUCUAUGGUGAUAGCCGCAGAGAUUGUUGGACCUUCCAAGCGAAAUGCAGUGGGAAUGGCAAUCGUGACCGGCGGUUCGUUUGGCUUUGCCUUCUCGGGGUUUCUGGCCUACCUCAUUCGGGACUGGUGGAAACUUCAGUUAGCCCAGGCACUCAUGACUGCUCCGUUUCUGAUGUUUUAUUGGUGGUUGCUUUCUGAGUCACCAAGAUGGCUUCUAACCAACAACCGUGUCGACGAGGCCAAGGCUGUCAUUCAGAUGGCAGCAAAAAUGAACAAAGUCGUCAUCCCGGACGACGCCAUCUUUAGCGAGACAGAAAAGUUAUCAAACGAGACCGAAGAAGAUUCCAGCAGAAAAUAUGGAGUCUUGGACCUGUUUAGGAAACCUCGCCUACGAAAAAUAACGAUAGCGACAUGCGUUACUUGGUUUACUGAAGUAUGCGUGUACUAUGGCUUGAUACUUGGAUCAGUCGAGUUAGCUGGGGACCCCUACCUUAACUUCAUCCUGGGUUGCUCACUGGAAGUGGUACUGAACGCAGUAACAUUGGCAGCCAUGGAGAGGUUUGGAAGAAAGCCUGUUAUAGGAGGAUCCAUUUUAGUGGCUGGAACAUGCAGUAUGGCAUCAGCCAUGACUAGAGGAUUCCCUAAAGUUUCUCGAGGGUUCGCCAUGGUAGGACGAAGUGGAAUCGGCAUUUCCUUUUGCAGCCUUAUGGUGUACACCCCGGAAGUGUUCCCAACAGUAGUCAGGGGCACUGGUCUUGGACUGGCCAACAUGUGUUCGCGUUUGGGCUCUGUCCUGACCCCCUUCGUGUCUCUCCUGGGAGAUGUGUGGCAGCCCCUCCCCAUGGUCACGUUCGGGACACUUUGCUUUGUAGCCAGCCUGGCCAUCUACACACUGCCGGAGACACUCGGAGUUCCACUAGCUGACACCCUGGAGGACAGCGAGAAUUUCGGGAGGCCUGAAGACCCCUUCCGGGAGUCAUUAUGCUUCGCUGUGCAACAUAGAUGUGUAAAAACAUUAGAUAACAAGAGUUCGUAG